UGAAGGAAUGGACUGCUGAGUGGAACCUUUCGUCCUAUCGCUUCUUAUAACAGGGGGAUUGAAGCCGAAGGCAGUUAACCAAAAUGCCUGAGGAGAUGGCGGACGGUGGGAGAAAGCUUGUAACGCUCGACGACCUCAUUGAUGCCCUGGAUAAGCGCGAGAGAGCACCGAGCAAUGCCCCGAAGGUUGAUACUUUCCACUUCAAGGGAGAACGGGUGUCCGACUGGCUGGACCUGACGGAGCAAGCACUGGUGGGGCUGUCGGACGAGGUCAAGCUCCAACGAGUCCUAAGAUAUGUCCUUCAUAGCCACCAGCAGGAAGUGGGCAAGGUCGUGGAUGCCGCCAAUGGUAGUUGGGCGAGGUUCAGGGACAUGAUGCAGAGAAAGUACAGGUUAGGGGAUGACUUGCUAACCAUGGCGGAUUUGGAGGCCAUGAACAAGGAUGACUUUUCCACGAUUGGGGCGUUUGUGCACGAGUUUAAAAGGAAGGCGCGGAAGGUGCACGAGAUCUCCGAAGAAACGCAGUGUGCCAUAUUUUUGUGUCUGCUUACUGGCUCGGAGGCCUCGGAGCUGACGGGUCACGGAGGGGGAAAUGAGAAACUCACCUGGGCCACUAUCGACAAAGGGGUGGAAGAGGGGAGUCUGGACCAGGUGAGGCAGCACCAGGUGUGGCUGCAAAGGCGCAAGAAAAAGGAAAGGGACGCCACCGCAUCCGGGACCCCAGGGGUAAAGAGGAUCGUCACGGACGUAUUAGCAGCGCUGGGGUAUGAUAAUGAGGCGGAAGUGCAAAAGAGGGGAGUGACCGUGGCCCAAGGCCGGGCGUCGGGGGCAGUGGAAGAGGAGGCUAGGCGCGAGGACUAUGGCGGAGAAGAGACGGGCUCCCAGAUCCUAACCAAGGCCCAGAGGAAGCAGCGAAAUUUACAAGUGGGGGGUCAAGGAUCCGAAAAAGGGCAGGUCCCGCAAGCGAUUGCUGCGCCGCCACCUGCUGCCACGACAACGUCAGCGACGGCCGGGCCGUCAUGUAUGGGGCCGCCGGCGGCUUGUGGGCACUGGGAGAAGGAAAAGCAGACCGUAAGAGUCGAGGAGAUUGUAGGGGACAGUGAGGAGGUCACCCAGUGGCUAAAGGCAGGGACUAUAAGGGAGGAGCCAAUAGUCGUCGAAUCGGAUGACGAGAGGCAGAAAGGCGAGGGAGAGCCGACCAUAGUCCUCCUGGGAAGGAUGGAAGAUCUGCUGGAAAAGGAUGACGAUGAAGAGGAUGAGAGGCUCCGACAGGAGGAGGAUCAGCGGGCGGAGCUGAGGGCCAAAAAGAGAGGAGGCCGGGAGGAGGCCGAGCCAAGCCUGCCUGACAACGUGCCUCAGAGGAAGAAGUACGCGGUUCGGAUGGAAGAAGGCCUUGAUGUGGAGCGGAUGGUGGACAAGCUCCUGGAAGACCAUAAUGACUUGAUAAACUUAAAGGAUAUCCUGGCGUCGGCGCCAAGGCUCCGUGGGGAGUUGAAAGGGCGACUCUCGCGAAGGCUGGUGCCAAAUGUCCAUCUAAGUACGGUCCUGUCCAGGGAGGUGGAGUGGACUGAGGCAGAGACAAGGAUGGAUUGGAAAUGUGUGGCGUGCGGGCAGGUGGAUCUGGUGAUAAAGAACCAGAAGUGUACUGGGAUGGUGGACACGGGCACAGAAAUGAACAUCAACAGGGAGAAGGAGGCAGUGAUGAUAGGCAUGAAAAUCGACCGCUUGGACCAUGGCAUGUUGCAUGGCGCUAACUGCAAGGCCGCUUUUUGCGGCACAACGUCUAAUGUGAUUAUAGAGAUUGGGAAGAUGCGAGCCAGGACUUGCUUCUUCGUCAUGCCCGAUAUUGAUCACCCCAUCCUUCUGGGGCAGUCGUUCCUAUGCCGAACGGAAAUGUUGAUUUUUAAUAAGCACGACGGGACAAUGAUCCUACUCCUAUGCGACCCAGCGUGUGGGAACUACGAAGUUAUCACCUGCCGAAACACGGGGCCGGGAAGCGGAAGGAACAGGCCUAACCUAGGCUCGUUCACCUUCGAGGAAUCAGAGAACGAGCGAAGACGGCUUUGGGAAGUGCCCGAGGAGAAAGAUAGGGCUGAGGUGCUGACACUGAGCCUCACAGAUGUGGACAAGGCCAUGGAGGUGGUGUCGGCUCACAACAUGGCGGAUCCGGAGGCCAUUAAGGCAUUGAGGGAGCAGGUUUUGGAGAACCCUCAAGUGGGAGAGGUGGAGUUGGUAUAUCAGCUUCCAGGAGGGAGAGGAGGCCCUGCAAUGGCCCAGGCCCGAGCGACAAGGAACAAGAACAGGGCGGAUGGGUUAAGCCGCAUCAACUGGGAUGGAUCGGACGAGGAAUCGAUAGAAGACACCCCACCAGUUGAUGGGUUCUUGGAUCAAGAGGAGGACGUCCGCCUGCACAUAAACGAAUGGUCCCUGCGAGUGCCGAGUUGCGUCAGUCAUCCCAUAUGGCUAGCACCAAUGGGGUACGAGCAGAAGAAAGAGUUAGUCCUCAAACCCUUUCAGGAGGAGGAUCCGUGGGGAAGUAAGGAUGUUGGUUGGAUGAUGAAGUUGGCGUUGGCAGGAACGCACAGUCUGGUGGAGGAAGUGAGGACAAUAGAGGAAGGCCCCACUCAGGUAGAGGAGCAUGAGCAGCUAAUGAGAGGGAUGUACCUGCUCACCAAUACGCUCCUGCAAGGAGACUUCGACCGGAAGGGCUCGUUCAGUCAUGAGGAAGGUGAGAUUUUAGUUCCUGAAAGUCAGGACGACGAAUUUGAGGAAGUAGAAAUCAAGGAGGCGUUUCGGGCGGAGGAGUAUGAUGGGGUCUACCGGGAAUUGGGGUUGCUCCUAUCACGUGAGAUGAGGGAUAGAGAGGAAGAUGAGGCACCUCUAUGUGCGCAAAGGCCUGGGGAGCCCCUACACCCAAGGUUGGAAAGGGAAGUGGGUGCGGUCGUACACCUGGACCUGUUAUUCAUGCCAGCAGGGGAGAAUGGGUGUAACUACAUCUUCGAUGCACGGGAUAACCUUACUGGGUUUGUGGACGGACGAGCUAUCUGGACAAAGAAUGGCCCGAUCUUGGCGAACUGCAUCGAGGAGUAUUACCUGCGAUAUCCUUUUGUCAAGGAGUUCGUGAUGGAUCGAGGAUCAGAGUUUACCUGCAAUGAGGUGAGGACGUUGCUUGCAAGGUAUGGCGUAGUGACCAACUAUACUACGGUCGCGCACCCUCAAGCGAACGCUCCUGUGAAGAGGGGGCACAGUACCAUCACGAAUCUCCUGGCUAAGUGGACAGAGGGCGAGCCUGGUCAGUGGCCAAAGUUCCUAUGGGCAGCUAUCUUCGUGGAAAAUGUUACUGUAAAGAGCACUACCAAUUUCGCGCUAGCCACACUAUGGUAUGGGAGGCACACCACCUUUCCCAUAGAAAGCUUUAUGAAGACGUGGAGGCGCCAAGACUUGGAAGUAAACCUAUCCUUCGAAGAACUGCUCGAUAUUCGGGCGAGGCAAGUGGGGGCGGCCGAGGAAAGAUUGCGAGAGGCCGCUGGUCAGGUAGAGAGGAGUCGCAUGGAAGACAAGAUGAGGUGGGACCAGACGGCGCGAGUAAGGAAGGAGCCAUUGGCAGUGGGGGACGUCGUGUUACUGUACGACUCCUCCCUGGAGAAGCAAUGGUCGAGGAAGCUCGACAAGAGAUGGAUGGGCCCCUAUAGAAUUUUGCGAUGUGACGAAUUUGGGGCCCAUCAGAUCGAGGAGCUGGACGGGACAGGCUGGCAGGAUUGGGUAUCAGGGACCAGGCUGAAGAAGUAUGACUUUUCGAAGACAGCCAUGCAGAGGGGCGGGAGGGGUGCGCGGCCACGACAGAGGCCUCAGGGAACAUCAGGAGGGGAUGACUCGCACAGACCGUUUGGGAGGGAGUCUACGCCUAUCUUUGACGACGAUAACAUAGAGCUUUUUCUAGACUCCUACCAGGCACAUGUGGCACGGGAGGGCUGGUCUACCUUGGAGAGGAUACAACAUUUGAGGGGAGUUGGGCGUUUAAAGGAGCCCAUCGCACACAUUCGGGAGGAGGCGUUGACCUGGCAGGAUGUGGAGGCGAGGAUGCAGAUGUUGAGGGCUUCGCCGUUGGGACCGGAUGGGCUGCCUAUUCGAUUGGAGGAAGGCAAUGUGGAAGAGUUCAUCCCGGCCUAUGAGCAUGAUCUACGGGGCCCGUCGCCGACAUUACCAGAGGGGGGAGAGGCGGUGCCAUUUAGGACGCUGCUCGACAGGUUGGAGGCUCAUCUCGAUGCGUCCCAGUGGGGGGCGUCACAGCUGGGAGCGGACCAGAGCGGACCGGCACGGUAUGAGCCAGUAGAGGAUGAGCCAGAGGAGGAACCACCUGAGCCGGGGCCUGAGGCGAGGUCUUGCGAACCCGGGGAGCCACAGACUAAGGGGGUUAUGACUGUUGGGGAUGAUACCCCUCCUCCUACCCCGAUUCCGAAACAGGCACGACAGUAUUGGCCUGAAGGGGUUCUUGAGCCGGACAGCGAGGAAAUGUUGGGGCCUCCAUCGGAAACUACUACGCCACCUCCGACGCAGACGAAGCCAGAGGAGGGCGAGGGAGCGAGGACACCUACUACUAUGGUACCACAUCUAACUGAGCCUACAGGUGAACGCAUGAAUGUGGAGGUGCCGACAUCCGGAGAGCCUCCGCCAGAGCCGCCACCCACAGAGGAGGGGACGAGUGAGAGAGACCCACUGCGAGAGGCCCGUGGGGCGAGGGCAAGGAGGCCCUCAGGGGAGAAGAAAGAAGAAAAGUGCGUGAGGAUGCAGGUACGCCUCGAGGAGUUAUACCAGGAAAAGAUUAGGAUGGAGGCCGCAGGAGAAACGCCGAAGCCACCGAUUGACCCUCCGACGAGCGAGCAGAGGAUUAGUAAGGCCAACUAUGAGGGUGAGAGGGAUGCUGCUCGCCUGAGGUCACGAGAGGUGGGACAGGAGAAUGCGAGGGUGGACGAGGCACGAGAGACAGGGGACUUGGGACUUUCAGCCGCCAGGAUGGGGAUUGAGCGUGCAGAUAGGAGGAUAGGUGAGGUGGCGAUCUCGUUCUUCCAACGGUACUCCAUGCUCAGCGAUGAGUUGGCGGCCUCGAGGUUAGAGGUGGGACAGUUGUCCACCCAGUUGGGAGAAGAGAGGGCAGAGAACCAAGCAUGGAGGUCCCGUAUGCAAGUCAAGGAAGCGGAAUGGGAGAAGAGGCUCCAGGACAUGGCGGCGAUGGUGGAAAGACUCUCGGCCACUAAAAUGGUCGACUGGACGGAGCAGAGCCGGUAUGGUAUCCAGGGGAAGGAGGUACAGGGGCUCUUUGGCCGGGAAGGGACGACAGAGCCACCUCAGCAAGGAGGUAUGAGAAAGGUAUUCCUGGACCCAAUAGAGGCGGCAGCACAGCGGGAGGCCGAGGAGGGAAGGUUCAGCUUCAGGACGCUGUCGCGCGCGGCGGUCCCGCACCCUGAUGGGGAGCGUUGAACCUCACGGUCAUGUCACGCAGGAUUUAUUCCUUGAAAGAACAACAAGUCACCACUCCGACCGUGAGCGAGGGCUAUACCUCUCAUGACGCCCCGCGACAGGUCGGGACGUCGCGAGGUACUGCUCAUCUCUACCCGAGGGGCUGUCACCACCCUCUGGUAGGCGUAUCCUUACUGAGCUACCAGCCCACAUGCAAAGGCUUUUACAUGCCUUUGUAGAGGGAGGUCGGCCGAGGGCAUUUUCUCGAUCGCCGUAGCAUAGGUAUACGCGCGGUUGAACGCCUAAGACUGACCCGUUUACGUGUCGGGCAUCGGGGUGCUGAUCUCCCGAACCGACUUACUGUUCAGGUCGACUUGACUGACGAUCUAUCGCGAAUACUAAUUUUUUAAUCUAUCUGCACAUAACCCAUAACUUAUGUAUGUUAUAAAAUUGUUUCCGAGUGAUACAAACAUAAUGAAUACAUUUCUAAAGU